AUGCCUUCAAUCCUGAAAUACAAAAAACAUAGGGAUAGAGCAGACAGCAGUGCAAGACUCUACCCUCAGGACUCCAACGAUUCCGAUUCAAACGCCAUCGAAUUCUCUACUUCGGCCAACAUCACCGCUACCACCUCUCGCAAUAGUGAUCCAGACAAUGCAGUGGCUCAAUUCGCAAGAUUACCCGUGAAACCUUGCGGGUCAGAUUACACGCUAUCAAGACGGGGCUCUUUUACCAAAAUGAAAGAUAAGGUAAGAACAAAGAGUUCUCCUAAAAAGGAUUUUUCUUCAUCGCAAAGAUCUCGUCGUCCUACUCAUCACGGCCCUCCUCCAGCUGCUCCUCCCGCUGCUCCCGCUGCUUCUUUCAAAAAAGAUCAAAUUAUAAGAACAAAAUCAGAAUCAGACUUGUUGAAUCUGGCAGCUGAUCUUCCUCCAACAAAACAACAACAACAAGCAACAACAACAAACAACUCUCCUGCAAAGACCCCAAACCCAAAGAGAUACAAUGCGCCGCCCAUCAGAUCUCCUUUGGCAAUGGAUUCUACUCCAUUGAAUAGUCCAAUUAAAAAGACUUUAAGAAAUAGACCUCCUUCAAAAUCAGUCUCUACUCCUUCAAAAUUCAAAUUGAAUGAUCAAUCGAUCCAAAACCAUUUUAUCAUUCCAAACAGUCCUGACAUUACAAAUAACUCUACUACUCAAACUGAACUGGUUGCUCCAAUCACCAAUACGCAACAACAAGUAAAUGGAGUAACCCCUCCUCCUCCUCCUCCAGUGUUGGAAGUAAAAGAACCUGAAGAAGAAGAUGACGAUGAUGUAUUUCAUGAAGUUACUGAACCAGUUCCUUCAACUCUAUCAAAUGGAACUUCUACAGUAGUUGCUACACCUGCUGUUGUAGCUCCUACAACAAUGGCUCCCGCAGUGGCUUCCGCUGUGACUCCCAUCGCAACCCCCACUACAGCACCCAUCGCAGCCACUACUGUUCCUCCCGCUGUACCCACAACCAAUUCAUAUCAAACAGCACCUACUUCCACUCCAAAUUAUGCAGUAGCAAGACCACCUGCUUUUCAAACGAAUGGGAUCCUUAACCAAGCUACAAUGGGGGCUCUUUAUCAAGCAGCUGAUGGGACUAUAUAUCAAAUAAUAAAUGGUGCCAUUUAUCAAGUACCAACUUUCCAAGCUACUCAUAUUUCUCAAUUGCCAUUGGAUAAUCCUCCUACAGCUCCAGUGAUAACUGUGGCUCCACCACAACAAUCUCCAAUCCCACCUCAACAGUCUGCAACUACAAUUGCCUCUCAACAACCUUCAUUUACCACUCAACAACCUUCACUUACCCCUCAACAAGCAACUAUCUCACAUCCUGCCCCUCCUCAGUCAAGUGUUUCAUCUCUAAAUAUCUCCCAACCAACUUUACCUCCUCCAAGUUUACUUCAACAAAAUUUGACUCCUCCAAACAUGACCCCUCCUGCGACUACUCCUCCACAACCAAUGAUGACUCAACACAACAUCCCACCUCCAAAUGUAGUGGCACCAACUCCAUUAAAUCAAACUUCAUCAAUUAAAGCUACUGCAAGUACAACAAAUGCUGUCGUGGAUGAAUGCUAUGAUAAUAUGCCCAUUCAAUUACCUACUCAACCUCCUUUCCAAACUCCUUCUCCUUUCCAGACUCCAUCUCCUUCACAAACUGAAGUACCUGUAUCAAUACCAAAUCAAGCCACUCCUCAAUUACCCAUUACUGUACCCAAUGGAGAAAUUCCUACUACUACUUUACUAAGUAAUGAUAACUUAGCAGUUAUGACACCUUUCCCAGGUACUAACACCACUGUCACCGCCACUACUAAUGAUCGUUCUAUUGUAACAACAAACCAAGAAACAAGAAAAUCUUCAGAUAAUCUUCAAUUAACUUCAAGCCAAAAUUCCAUAACCUCUACAAAGAAUUCAAAUAGUAAUUCUCCUGCUCCAAUUGGCAAUAGAGCAAGACAUAUGUCUAAUGCAAGUAUAAGUAGAUCAAAAGAAUAUGCUAAUCCUCCUGCAGUAAGGACUAGACCAAUGUCCAACUCUGUAGGUGCUAGAGGAAGAGAUUUAGUAAGUUCUACUACAACUUCUACUACAAAUAGAUCCAAAAAUUAUUUGACAGCUCCCAAUGGUACUCAAACAAGACCAAGAACUUCUUCAAAUGCUAGUGCUACAAGAGAGAGAAAGGAUUCCACUCCAAGUACUAUUAGAACUAGACAAAGUUCCAUGGCCGAAGCCUUUGGUCAAAAUUCGAUGUUAUCAUCAGUAGAUUCAUUCGCAUCCCCAAUGAGUUCUUCUCAAUCCAAAUCUUCCUUAGAUUCAGACGAACCUUCCCCAGAUAACUUACAAGUAAAUAAAACUCUUACAAAUACAAGCACAAUAAAACAAAGACCAACCAAUAAUAAUAUGGUUGCAAAAAUAUCAACACCUAAAGUUAAAGUGCAAAAAGUACCAGAACAUGUAGAUUCAUUAACUAAACAUCAUGAAAUGAUCUUGAAACAAAUUUGGUGUUAUUUAUUCAAUUUUUGGGGUAUUCCUGUUAAUAGUCAACACGUUUUCAUUAAGUCAGAUGAUCCAGUGGCAAAAUUAGAUAAAACUCAAUCAAACGUCUCAAGCGUUAUCUCACUUAAUGAACAAGAUUUUGCUGCAGCAAAGAAAAAUAUUAAUAAUGUCAAUCUUUUAAUCCAAAAGAAGCAAAGAGAAAAUCAAACUGCAACAAUAAAAUCCAAUGGUAGCGUUGGUAAAAAUGAUAGCGCAUCUCAUUCUUCGUUUUUUAAAUCCAAAUCUAAAUCUACUCAAAACUUAAGCGCCGAGAAGAAUAAAGAGGACACCAAUAAACUCAAUAUGUACAAAGGUAUUAAAAUCCCUACUGGUCCAGCUAUUGUGGAUGAAUUGAUCCAUCCUGCAUUCAAAGAAUUGGAUCCAAAGGAUUCCAAGAUUGAUUUCUGGCAUAUGAUUAGAACAGAUAAUCCUGAUAAUUUAAUCUUAAGAUUUGUUAGAGCAAGAAAAUUCGAUUUAGAUAAAUCAAUGUAUAUGUUAGCAAAGACAAUUAAAUGGAGAACAACUGAUGAAGUUACUCCAGAUAAAGUUAUUUUAAAUGGUGAAAGACAUGCAUAUAUUACGGGCCAAAAGGGUUUAAUUAAAAAUAUUGAAUUGAUGAAAACUACAGUUUUAGCUGGUGGUGAUAAAGAGGGAAGACCAAUUGUAUUAGUAAGAGCAAAAUUGCAUAAAGCUAGUGAUCAAAAUGAACUGGAAGUUAAACAAUAUUGUUUACUGACUAUUGAACUGGCAAGAUUAUUUUUGAAAGACCCAGUUGACACAGCGACAGUUAUAUUCGAUUUGACAGGCUUUUCAACAUCAAAUAUGGAUUAUUUUGCUGUUAAAUUUAUUACCACUUGUUUUGAAGCUCAUUAUCCCGAAUGUUUGGGUCAUUUAUUCAUUCACAAGGCCCCAUGGAUCUUCACUCCUGUUUGGAACGUUAUUAAAAAAUGGCUAGAUCCAAACGUAGCAGCAAAGAUUUCAUUUACCAAGGAUUUCAAAGAUCUUUCUCAAUAUAUUGACCCUUCAGUAAUACCUACGUACUUGGGUGGUAAAAAUAAAUUUGAUCUAGAUCAUUAUAAACAAGUUCCUGCAAGUGCAGAUAUCAAAUUGAAAGAUACCAAAAAGAAAGCUGAAUUACAGCAAAAGAGGAAAGAUAUCAUUAAUGAAUUCAUAGAGGCAACUAAGAAUUGGAUCGAAUCCCCAGAUCAUGAAACUUCUCAAAGAUAUGCGAUGGAGAAGAAAGAAGUCGCCAAUAAAUUGUGUAAAGUAUUCGGAGAAUUAGAUCCAUACAUUAGAUCUCGUACCAUGUAUGAUAUGGAUGGUAGUUUGAAAUUUGAUUAA